AUGACCGUCCCGCGCUGGCCGUCCAUUGCCAGGAGGACGCAGUGCCUUCAGACCAACGGAAACUUAGUGCCGGCCACGCCCGCUCACCCGUCCACUCACAAGCCCUCCAGCUCGCCCAUCCGCCUGCUGUCUCAUUCCCUCGCCAGCAUGCCCACCCGCCCCCACAUCCUUCCGUCCGCUGGCUCACUCACCGAACCCACUUGCCCCACCCCCACCACGCCCAUCUUCGCCUCCCUCAGAGCAAACCCACGCCCCGUCCCAGUCAGCCCGUCCUGGCCCUCUCCACCUUACCCAGACCCAACCCACUCGCCCCCCGUUCCCGUCCUGACCCCGCCCCUCACCUCUCCGCCCAGACCCAACCCUCGCCGCUGCUCGCCACGCUACCACAGAAGCAGCAGCAACGGUGACUCGGGGAGCCCUGCGGUCUGGAAUCAGCAGACGAGCCGCCUUGUUGUUCGGUCCAGCAAACGCUCGUGGGCGGCAGGCCUCGUCCUGAACGGUGUGGUGUGA